CUCUCCUCGACUGUAGCGCCUUAAGACUUCAGUUUCCCAGCUAAGCUGUUUCGAAGUCAGCGGCGGAGAAGGGCGACUGGAGCCGAACAGAAAGCGCCCGCCAAAGCAACAAGCAAGAAGAGACUCGUGGCUCUCUUUAUUUUUAGGCGUGUGGAGGGGGAGAGAGCCCGCGGGAAGUGGUCUCUUUAAUGCAUACCGCGAGAUGCUAUUGGAGCAAUCCUGCACGGGGUGAAAGAUAAACAAACACACGGGCGCGCCGCCGCGGAGAUUUGCUUUCCCACUCUGCAAGGGUUGGGUUUUUUUGGGGGGGGGGGUUUCCUUGCAAAAUCGGCGCUCCUCGGGAUCUGGAGGAAGAGGACGCACCUGGAGCCGGCUUGACCACCUGAUCGUUUCUUUUUUCCCUAUUGAUUUUAUUGGUUGUUGUUGCUGGCGGUAGGGAAGGAGAGGUGGCGGGGUGAAAAGGAGGCGGCCGGACCUUUAAUGGAGCAUGGCAUGUUUGUACAACCUCGCUGAUCGCUGCUACUAGGAGGUGCGAGAGGAGGAGGAGGAGGCAGCGGAGGAGGAGGAGGGACGGCCGAGGUGUGGAUCGGGCUCCUCUUCCCUGACAUCCCCACUUGGCAGCGGAUCGGAAGGUAGUCAGAGCAGCCUCAAGAGCGGGGGAGAGGCCAAGAUGGCAGAGGCGUCUCCCCCCGCCCCCUUGUCCCCCGUGGACGUGGACGUGGACCUGGACCCCGAGUUCGAGCCCCAGAGCCGCCCGCGCUCCUGUACGUGGCCCCUGCAGAGGCCUGAGCUGCAGGCGAGCCCGGCCAAGCCCGCGGGGGAAGCGGGAGCCGACGCCGCCUCCAUGAUCCCAGAGGAGGACGACGACGUCGACGACGAGGAGCAAGGGGGCAGCUCGGCCAUGGCCGUCGGAGACGCCGUCCCUAGCGGCGGCGGCGGCGAGGCGCUGGCCCCGGAGGACACGGCCCGCCUGCUGGCGCCUUUCUCGGGGCUGUCCGGCGACGGGUCCGGCCAGGGCGCCAGGGCGCCGAGCGGAGGGCAGCAGCCGCAGCAGCCGGGGGCGAGCGGGGCGGCGGCGGCGCCGAGGAAAUGCUCGUCCCGCCGAAACGCGUGGGGGAACUUGUCCUACGCGGACCUGAUCACUCGCGCCAUCGAGAGCUCCCCGGAGAAGCGCCUCACCCUCUCGCAGAUCUACGAGUGGAUGGUGCGCUGCGUGCCCUACUUCAAGGAUAAGGGCGACAGCAACAGCUCGGCCGGCUGGAAGAACUCGAUCAGGCACAACUUGUCUCUUCAUAGUCGAUUCAUCAGGGUACAGAAUGAAGGAACUGGGAAAAGUUCGUGGUGGAUGAUCAACCCUGACGGUGGGAAAGGUGGGAAAGCGCCACGGAGACGUGCUGUUUCGAUGGAUAACAGUAACAAGUACACCAAGAGCCGAGGACGAGCAGCUAAGAAGAAGGCAGCACUACAAGCUGCACAGGAAACAAGCGAAGACAGCCCCUCCCAGCUCUCCAAGUGGCCAGGUAGCCCAACCUCUCGCAGCAGCGAUGAGCUAGACGCCUGGACAGAUUUCCGGUCUCGUACAAAUUCAAAUGCCAGUACAAUAAGUGGCCGCUUGUCACCAAUAUUGGCCAGCACUGAGCUGGAUGAGGUUCAGGAUGAUGAUGCUCCACUUUCCCCUAUGCUGUAUAGUAGUCCACCCAGCAUGUCUCCCUCGGUAAAUAAACCUGGCAAUGUUGAGCUGCCAAGGUUGACUGAUAUGGCAGGCACCAUGAACUUGAACGAUGGUCUGACAGACAAUCUUAUGGAUGAUCUUUUGGACAAUAUAACCCUCCCCUCUUCCCAGCAGUCGCCCACAGGGGGACUCAUGCAAAGAAGCUCAAGUUUUCCAUACGGCUCCAAAGGUUCAGGUCUUGGUUCUCCAUCAAGUAGUUUCAACAACGCUGUGUUUGGACCAUCAUCUCUGAAUUCCCUCCGUCAGUCUCCCAUGCAAACCAUCCAAGAGAACAAGCAAGCUACAUUUUCUUCCAUUUCACAUUACAAUAACCAAACACUGCAGGAUCUGCUGGCUUCGGAUUCGCAUAGCCACAGCGAUGUCAUGAUGACUCAGUCCGAUCCACUCAUGUCACAAGCUAGCACAGCUGUGUCUGCCCAUAACGUACGCAGGAAUAUUAUGCUCCGGAACGAUCCCAUGAUGUCGUUUGCUGCCCAACCAAGCCAGGGGAGUUUGGUCAACCAGAAUCUGCUCCACCACCAGCACCAGUCCCAGAACUCCUCUCUCGGUGGCAGUCGUGCCUUGUCGAAUUCCGUUGGUACUAUGGGCUUAAGUGACACAAGCAAUGUUGGGUCGACAAAACACCAGCAACAGUCACCUGCCAACCAGUCUAUGCAAUCGCUUUCUGACUCACUCUCAGGCUCUUCUUUGUACUCCAGCAGCGUGAGCCUUCCAGUCAUGGGGCAUGAUAAAUUCCCCAGUGAUUUGGACCUGGAUAUUUUCAACGGGAGCUUGGAAUGUGAUAUGGAGUCCAUUAUCCGCAGCGAACUCAUGGAUGCAGAUGGGUUGGAUUUUAACUUUGAUUCUCUCAUCUCAGCCCAGAAUGUUGUCACUCUGAAUGUGGGAAACUUCACUGGUGCUAAGCAGGCUUCAUCACAGAGUUGGGUUCCAGGCUGAAGGAUUUAUGCAAAGAGGGGGAAAUGGGCAAAGCAGGCCCUUCAUCUGACACGAGAGCUAGAGGGGG